UUUUCCCCUUUGGAUUCGCCAAUGGGGAAAACUCAGCUUGCCCCUGGCUUUCGGUUUCAUCCGACUGAUGUCGAGCUCGUGAAAUAUUACUUGAAGAGGAAAGUGUUGGGAAAAAAGCUCCUCGUCGAUGCAAUUGCUGAACUUGACAUUUACAAGUUCGAACCACCUGAUUUACCUGAUAAGUCCUACAUUAGGUGUGGGGAUCUCAAGUGGCACUUCUUCUGUCCGAGAGAAAUGAAGUAUUCAACUGGAGUUAGGGCGAACCGUGCAACUGAGUGUGGUUACUGGAAGACCACUGGCAAGGAGAGAGCCGUUCUGUGCAAUGCUGAAGUUGUGGGAAAGAUUAAAACUCUGGUUUAUCACUUUGGCAAGUCCCCUCGUGGGGAGCGCACUGAUUGGGUUAUGCAUGAGUACCGUCUUGAAGACAAGGUGCUCACUCAGAAGAAUAUCCCUCAGGACACUUAUGUGCUGUGUGUUCUAUUCAAGAAAGAUGGACCGGGACCUAGAAAUGGAGCCCAGUAUGGAGCUCCGUUUAAGGAAGAGGACUGGAGUGAUGAGGAACAACACAUUGAUGUUGCUGCGACCAACAAUCCCGCAAACCUCGGUGUGACUAACCAAGAAACCAGUCUGGUUGUGGGGUCCUCGCAUGGCCCUAAUAAAGAUUGUUUCGGUGGCAUGAUCUCUGAAUCUUGCGUCUCUGACUUCCUACCAGCUGCAGCUACUACCAGCGAGCUUCAUCAUCUGAUGAAUGAUGCGGCUAACACUCCUGUUUCUGCUGCGCCACUUCUUGAUUCUAAUAACACCGCCUCUCUGGCACAGAGCCGUCAAGCUCCCAGCACCGAUGAUGACAUAUAUUCAAUGUUGGAUCUCUUUGUCGACGAGGAUGAGUACUUGCGUUUCAAUGUACCCAACAACAAUGAGGUGAGACACGAUCCAAAUGUUUCAGCUCCAGUUUUCUUGGAAGAGGGAGGAGACAUAUUCAGCAGCCUACCAGACUUCAGCAACAUGCAUAAUAACAACGGCAUGCCAAUGAUACCCUCUUACGACCUAGUUGAGAACUCGGAGUUAUACUUGGAGCUUCAGGAUCUCACUGCUCCAUUAGCACCUCCUCAGCUAAGGAAUGUCAAUGUCUCGAGUGAUCAAGGCCUCUUUGAUUUCUCCACUCCUGCUACUAAUGAUGAUGAUCCCUACGGGUUUUACUCGUCCAUGGGACAUGGACCACACAUUUGA